ACACACACACACACACACACACACACACACACACACACACACACACACACACACACACACACACACACACACACACACACACACACACACACACACACACACACACACAGACACACAUCGAGGAGUUCCUUUCGUCUUACUGAAUCAUUUAGCAGCAGAGUUGUAGUUCUCUGCGGUAUAAGCCACCACAGACAGAAGUUCCACAGCGGGCAUGGAGACGGAGGGAGGGAACACAGUCUUACCUGAUCCCCCAACUCAAAGGGAAAAGGACAUCAAAGAAGAAGAUGAGAAGGCAUAUGGAAAUAUAUUCACUGAGCUGGAGUCUGUUGAUCUGCCACUUGGAACCACCUUAAGGUCAGUUUAUGAUGACCAGCCCUACGCCCACAAGCGCUUCAUGGAGAAGCUGGAUGCCAGAAUACGAAACCACGACCGUGAGAUCGAGAAGAUGUGCAACUUUCACCAUCAGGGCUUUGUGGACGCUAUAACCGAGCUGCUCAAAGUCCGUGCAGACGCAGAGAAGCUCAUGGGCCAAGUGACGGACACUAAUCGGAGAUUACAGGAGGCUGGAAAAGAGGUGACGGCCCGCACAGAGGAGGUGGUCUGCUGUCGGCUCCAGCAGAGGAACAUGGCCACCACGGUGGAGCGGCUGCAGCUCUGCCUCCCAGUUCUGGAAAUGUACAGUAAACUAAAGGAGCAGCUGCAGACUAAAAGAUACUAUGCUGCAUUAAAGACCAUGGAGCAGCUAGAGAAUGUCUAUAUCCCAAGGGUGGGCCAGUACCGCUUCUGUCAGAUCAUGGCGGAGAACCUGCCCCGGCUCAGAGACCAGAUCAAGGAGAUCUCCAUGUCCGACCUCAAGGACUUCCUGGAGAGUAUCCGGAAACACUCGGACAAGGUCGGGGAGGCGGCCAUGAAGCAGGCCCAGCAGCACAGGACCUUCAACAGUGCGGUGGCCAGGCAGGGGAGUGCGGGCCCCUACAGCAGGCCCCUGUUCACCCUGAACGGGCGGGGCCGGGAGGCGCUCAACGGGCAGGCACUGGACGACAUGGUGGAGGAGGAGGAGGAGGUCCUUACAGCACAGGACCUGGUGGACUUCUCCCCGGUCUACAGGUGUCUGCACAUCUACACCAUCCUGGGCGACCGAGAAACCUUUGAGAACUACUACAGGAAACAGAGGAAAAAACAGGCCAGGCUGGUUCUGCAGCCGCAGGCCAGCAUGCAUGAGACGGUGGAGGGCUACCGGAGAUACUUUAACCAGAUUGUAGGGUUCUUCGUGGUUGAAGACCACAUCCUCCACGCCACACAGGGGCUGGUGACCCGGGCCUUCACAGAGGAGCUGUGGAACAUGGCUCUGUCGAAGAUCAUCGCUGUGCUGCGAACACACUCUUCCUACUGUGACGACCCAGACCUGGUGCUGGAGCUGAAGAACCUCAUUGUGAUCUUUGCAGACACUCUGCAGGGCUACGGCUUCCCUGUGAACCGCCUCUUUGACCUGCUGUUUGAGAUCAGAGACCAGUACAACGAGACCCUGCUGAAGAAGUGGUCCCUGGUGUUCCGAGAGAUCUUCGAGCUGGACAACUACAGCCCCAUCCCCGUGGAGACGGAGGAGGAGUACAAGCUGGUCGUCAGCCGCUUCCCUUUUCACGACGCAGAAAUAGAAAAGCAGGACUUUCCUAAGAAGCUGCCCAUGUCUCAGUCUGUGCCUCAGAUCUACACCCAGGUCAAGGAGUUCAUCUACGCCAGCCUUAAGUUCUCUGAAUCGCUGCAUCGCAGCUCUACGGAGAUAGAUGACAUGCUACGGAAGUCUACCAAUCUGUUGCUGACCAGAACCCUCAGUGGCUGUUUGCAGAACCUCAUUAAGAAACCGCACAUCGGACUGACUGAGCUGGUCCAGAUCAUCAUCAACACCACCCACCUGGAGCAAGCAUGCAGGUACCUGGAGGACUUCAUCACCAACAUCACCACAGUGUCCCCAGAGGCCGUGCACACCACCCGGCUGUACGGCCUGUCCACCUUCAAGGACGCGCGCCACGCCGCCGAGGGGGAGAUCUACACCAAGCUGAACCAGAAGAUCGACGAGUUCAUCCAGCUGGCGGACUACGAGUGGUGCAUGGCCGAGUCCGACGGCCGCGCCUCCGGCUACCUCAUGGACCUCAUCAACUUCCUGCGCUCCACCUUCCAGGUGUUCACCCAUCUGCCGAGUAACAACAAUGACCAUGCGUCUAUGUCGGGUAAGGUGGCCCAGACCGCCUGCAUGUCCGCCUGCAAGCACCUGUCCACCUCGCUGCUGCAGAUGUUGAUGGACAGCGAGCUGAAGCAGAUCAGCAUGGGAGCCGUCCAGCAGUUCAACCUGGACGUCAUCCAGUGUGAACUGUUUGCGAGCUCGGAGCCGGUCCCUGGUUUCCAAGGAGACACUCUCCAACUGGCCUUUAUUGACCUGAGACAGCUCCUGGAUCUGUUCAUGGUGUGGGACUGGUCCACCUACCUGGCGGACUACGGGCAGCCCACCUCCAAGUACCUGAGGGUGAACCCCACCACGGCGCUGGCCCUGCUGGAGAAGAUGAAGGACACCAGUAAGAAGAACAAUAUCUUCUCCCAGUUCAGGAAGAACGACCGGGAUAAGCAGAAGUUGAUCGAGACAGUGGUGAAACAGCUCAGGAGCCUCGUCAAUGGCAUGUCGCUGCACUCCUAGACACACGCACACACACACACACACACACACGCACACGCACACUUCUAAAUAUACUGAAGGGCAUGGCAUUCUCAACCAAGGUCUCAGUCAUUGCCAACAAAGGUUCAGAUCUUUUUUUAUUUGACACAUGGAAGCAAUAGUGUUCAGCCCUGUCCAGACCUGGCUGGGUCCAGAGGUCCCCAGAAGUUCUGGCAUUGAAUUGUGUCUCUUCAUUCAUCUUCAGUGGCCAAUUAUGUGCUUGGCUUUGAGCUUCUCAAAGUCUGAAAAUCCAAGCAAGUCGGGUAGAAAGGGCAUCAUGAAUAUGAUCAAUAGAUUGCUGAGCUCCAAAUGACUGGUGGAAUGGUGAUGGGUUUGUAUGCCGGUGGACAGGUGCGUGGCCGCAGCAGAACAAACAGCAGCUUUGCUAUAAUAUGAAACUAGUUCCACCACUCUCUAGCUUUGGACAGAGGUGGGAACUAUUGUCAUAUUAAAGUCAAACUCAAUUUGGAACAAGGCAUAUCUAGGACGUAGGUGCAGAUGACCACGCAAAGGAUGGAUUAUUGGUCAACCGAACUUGGUCUUGCGCUGGUGUGUCUCUGAGCACUUCCAGUUCACCUGACACACAUUUCAAUGCCAGACUAGCCAGAGGCAGAGCUUGGUGGUAGAGACGGGCUAUUCACCUGAAGUGCAAGCUGUUGUCCAGGGCAAGUGGGAUUUUAUUUAUAUUGAGACGCAACUCUUAAUGCCUGUUAACUUAUUAAAUUUGUUCAGUUUGAUAUAUUUAAAAAAAUGCUCCAUCCAUCCCCCACGUGUCCCCGGUCCACAUCUGUUGUUCUGUUGGUUACACUCCUCUGAUGUCACAGAGGUGUGACCUAUUCGUUCUGUGGUGGCCUCUUUCCUAUUCCGCCUCUGGGGGUCCGGUCACAUGGAGACCAAUACACACACACACACAACACACAAAGAGGAAUAUCUAAAACAAAAGCUGCAGACUAACCCAUGAGUCAUGGCAUUUCUGCAUCACUCGCAUACUGCCCCUUCAGUCGAACGCGACUGAAUCUGAAGUUUCAAUGAUAUACACGCAUACAAAGAACGUAUAUUACCUACUGUUAAAACAGAUCACCAGUCAAAUGUUCUGAAUGUAUUUUAACGACUAGGGUGGCUAAACGUGUUGAGCACAUGUUUCAGUGAAAGUGCAAUGGUUCCAGGAGGUCUAAGUGAGGCUUGGUACAGCCGGCCCAGUCUACCUGAGUUAGGGGUCAGUCUACCUGGGUUAGGGGGUGUUGCACCCUUAACUCUGCCGAAAUACAUAUUGAAACAAGACGCUUCCCAGUAGGAAUAGGAAAAUGGUCAGAUUGUGUUUGAUCAGGAUGGAUACUCAUGAUUUUGUAUGCCAUCCAAGUCUUCACAGAAGCAGCCAUAUUAGACCUGCCUCAUUCUGUACUUUGGGUUAUUGGUUGCCGCCAUGCAUCGGUGUGCAGCGGAUGAAUGAUGACGUCCCCAAAGACUGAUGUUCACGUGGAACAGCAAAAAUAAAUACUUGGUGUUUUUUUUCUCUCUCUCUCUCUCUCUCUCUUUCUCUUUCUCUUUCUCUCUCUCUCUCUCUCUCUCUCUCUCUCUCUCUCUCUCUCUCUCUCUCUCUCUCUCUCUCUCUCUCUCUCUCUCUCUCUCUCUCUCUCUCUCUCUCUCUUUCUCUCUUUCUCUUUCUCUCUCUCUCUCUCUCUCUGAGCUUCCACUUAAAGUGCAGUGUCAAUCCUGUGUGGUCCUCCAGUACCACUGCUCGGCAGUCUCUCUGGGGGCUUUGAGGCCUAAAUUAACAUUUUAUUAUUUACUUUUCUGUGAUACAAAGUGAUAUUUAAUAUGAAGCUUUUUCAGCGUUGUUCAUUUUUUUAUCAGAUGAAAACUGGAAAGGAGGAACAGCCGUUGGCCCUGGCUCUGUUCAUAUGAUGAGGUUAAAGCUCAGAGUACCAGACUGAGGUGGGCCGUUGCUCGGACAGGACCAGCAGGGACUUGUGUGUCAGGGCCCACGGGAAUAACAUUCACAUUCUCACUAGAAAAGGUGAAAGAGGAUGAAGGAUCCAGGAUGUAUAGGGAAUCUCCCCUGGUGGGUUGCUCAGGGAAAUAUGAAAGUGAACAUCAAGCAAGCAUUGAACAUGUAGAUCAAGGAAUUUUUUGGCAGUGCAGAGGUCAUUUUAAAUGUUUUUGUUUUACUUCCAGCAUGUCACGCACAUGGAUAUAUAUAUAUAUAUAAAUAUAUAUAUAUAUAUAUACACACACAUAAUGUCUGAGAAAGAGAUUUAAAUUAAACAAUGGUGUGUCCCAGCCACAGCACUCCAGAACUCCAAAUUGCUUGUUUGUUCAACUUGUUCAAACCAGACAAACACAGAAGGCCCUCCUGAUAGUCUGCGUCACGGUUCCACAUUUCAACACUAAAAACACAACAUUGUAACCCUACUUAAACCCCUCUACGUAAACCUCUAACACCCAUAAUCCUUUGCGCACCAGUGCCCCCACAGGUCGAGGCGACCCAAUCACCUACUGGGGUUACAACAGCGCCCCCACUGGUCUGAGUGACCAAAUUACCUUCAAACAAAAAUCUGUUUUGUUAACUUAUCAUUUGAAAUAUGUUGUUCCCCUCUGGGAAAUGUAAGCUUUAAGGUCUUCUCCUCUACAUGUUCCCACAGCACAGCAAUAACUUAUUGGUUAGAUUGACCUGCAGGCUAGCAGGUUGUCAUGCUAGCAGGUAACCUUAGCACCUAUGAAUGAUUCCCGAUGGAAAACUACAUGAAAAAUGUGAUUAAGUGAUUGUUUUUAUUAUGUCACAUAACAUAUGUUGACGUUUUAUUGUUUGUUUUGAGGUCUGUGCUUCAGCAGGCAUUUUGCACUGUUUUUUAAUUUAAUUGUUUAUUUUCUGUUGCCUUUCUGUUGCUUGUAAUCGCCAUUGUAUAUACUGCAUCAUUCGUACAUUAUUUGCAUUUGAAAUUGAAUGAAUCCUCAGAGUGAAUAUGUUGUAUAAAGUCCUGGUUGAUUGGGAGUUGGUGCUGAGGCAGAGCGGAGUGAUCCCGUGGUGCAUGGUUCAGUGAAGCUGGAGCCAAUACUGUUGGACAUGAAGUCCUGAAGAACUCAUCUUGACCUGUAAACCAAUUGUCAUCCAAAAUAAACAUUUUAUUGAUGGGUUA